UCUCUCUCUGUCUCUCUCUCUCUCUGUCUCUCUCUCUCUCUCUCUCUCUCUCAUUCACCCUCCCCUGUGCCACUGCAGAACCGCCUAGUAGGACUACCUUGCAUUCCCUCUCUCCCUCUCUCUCCCUCUCUUCUCCUUCUGAAUCUGAUAACUGCGCGUUUCUUCCUCACUUCACACACACGCGCGCGCGCACACACGCACGCUCAAGUCAUUUUCUGUGCCACAUACCUCCCGUCGCGCGGCGGUAACAUGAUUACGUAUUGUAGGAUCUCGACUUUAAUGUGUCUCAGUCUAGAUUUACACACAUUCGCUGUUGUUUGCUCCUGUUGUUUUGACUGAACGUGCAAUCUCGGACUAGACUUACCCACACGCAUUCAUUUUCGUUUCUUACUUGAAAGGUCUGGCCUUUUACAGCGUGUUUCAGUCCAGGUCCUCACACUCACACAAACCGAGGCCCACACAAACACAAGCUCACCCGCGCUCUUCAUUGUGGUGUUGUCUUUGCUGUAAUUGUAAAUUCAGACAAGAUCUACACACUCAAAAGCAGUCGACCGCGUUUUCUGCGGAUGAAUGACGUUCUUUUUUUCUCUUCAAUUUUCAUCGGAUGUACGCGCAGUGCGUUGUCAAGAGUACAUUGUGUGCGAUUGAAUGUCAGCAGGACCAAACUUUCAGUCGUGUACAACGACAGCCGGUGUUCUUCCAGGAUUUGUUUUGGUUUGGAUGUUUGUUUUUCUCGUAUAGGAUCUGACGUUAUUUGAACUACGAGACCGGGUGCCGGUAUUGUUUGUUCAGUUUUGUUUGGGUUUUUAGUUUGGUGGGUUUGGGUUGUUGUUUUUUUUACACUUUUGUCAGUCGCUGUUUUGUCUAGGCUACCGUGAACCACGGGGCCGCUGCGGCGCCCCUAGAGACGUGUUUGUUGUUCCGUGCCAUUGAUAAUUUAUCAUUGAUAGUGGUACCGACCGUGGUGUGGUGGGUGCUGUUUUAGCCUCCGACGUUUUCUGCUGUCUGUUGGGCUUGUUGUCCCGGGAUUAACGCUGUGCCAGUGUUGGUGAGUGAGGCGGUGACAGGAGGUACACUCCCUGCAGGAUAACUAGUGGUCAUUGUUUUGUGACCGACCAUCUUUUGGACGUUGUGGUCAUCUCUGAGGUGUUGUGUGGUAGUGAACAUUGUGGUCAUCUUUGAGGUAUCUUGUGGUAGUGAACAUUGCGGUCAUCUUUGAGUCAUCUUGUGGUAGUGGACAUUGUGGUUAUCCCCGAGGUGUUGUGUGGUAGUAGACAAGGCGGUCGUCUUUGAGGUAUCUUGUGGUAGUGGACACCGUGGUCAUCCCCCGAGGUGUUGUGUGGUAGUGGUCAUCUUUGGAGUGUCGUGUGGUAGUGGACGUUAUUGACACCAUCGUGAUGUCUGACAAAGGGCGUCCAGGUAGCCCUCUCUUUCUGGCUGUGGAGGUUCACAGACAAAGAUCGGCGGCCUGUGUCCUGUGUCCGUGCCCCCAGCUGACCGCCUACUGGAGCCCUCCCCCCAGCUGCUGUCGGCGCGUGUGCUGUGAGGGACCCUCCAAGAUGGCUCUCCUAGGUUCGGGCGUGUUCCGCGAUGCCAAAAGCACGUGCAUCUUCCUCGCCGUGCUCCUGCUGGCCUACUACUUCGUCAUGGAUAUCAUACUCUUCAUGAGGUUCCGCACGGUGGAUAUUGUUCAAGACUCGCAGGCCGGAGACCCGUCAGAGCUGUACUCACCCUUCACGCAUCUUUCGGUGAAGUCGCUCAUGAACGACCACACGAGCCAGUACAUCAUCUCCCCCUCUGCCGAGUAUUUCGACUACUUCACGCACUUCUCCACCGUUUUCAGCUUCAUCACCCCCAACAUCAUCUCCUUCACCCACCUCUUCCUGGGGUUUCUCUCCGGGAAGUUUGUGGCGUCCGAGAACCUGCACGACCGCCGGAUCGGAGUUGUCAUCUUCCAGGUCCGGACCUGGCUGGAUGCUUUUGACGGCGUGGUGUACCGCUCGCAGUCCAACACGCAUCUCCAGUUCCAGUCCGUCCGCAACACGGCGGGAUACUACAUUGACACGACGUGCGACGCCAUCGGAGGGGUGUUCCUCUCCUUCGGGAUUCUCUUCUAUCUAUGGAAGCGGUUUGACCCUUACAAGCAAGAGCUCCCGUCUUGGAACAAGGCCCAGGAGGCCGGGGUCAAGACUGGGUUGCCUAGCAACGGUCACAGUUUGGGCGGUCUCCGGGAGACGUACAGCAAGAAGUACCUGUUCUGGAAGGUGUUCUGCUACGGUUUGUGUCUGGCCUGUGCCGGGAAGUUCUGGGACCUGAUCGUGGGAGACUUUAAGGACACCCUGCAGGUGCCCAUCAAGGACCCUGAGACCUCGCAACUGCAGUUUCAGCUGUGUCACUCGACCACCACUGUGUUUAUUUUCUACCUGUGGAGGAUUCUGGAAGGACAGGCUUUGCUGCAGUACAUACUCAUACCCAUCUGCCUGGACAAAAUCUGGGAAUUCCUGAACUACACACAGUACAUCUUACUGGUCAUCAUUGUUGGCCUCUACAUCAUCAGCUUGCUCUAUAUUCGACAUUUGCGCACUUUGCUGCACCUAUAGCCCCUCCCACCUUCCACCACCCCACCCCCAUCUCCUCCCACCCACAAGCCUGUGUCUACUGCCUUCUACCCUGAGCCUCAGCCGACAGCUACCCCAGACACGAUCAACAACUCGUGGCCGAUAGAUCAUUAUCCUCGCAACAUGGUCAUCUCAACACAUUGUCAAAGCAACAUAGCCGACAACACAUAGUCAACACACGUAGCCGACAACACAUAGUCAACACACAAGGCCAACACGUGGUCAAUGCGACAUGGCCAAAAACACAUGAUCAACACAGCAUAGCCGACUCAACUUAUGAUCUACACAACAUGGCAGACAACACAUAGUCAAUGCGACAUGGCAGACAACAUUGCCGACAAAACUGGACAUGCAACAUUGACAAGUCAAAAUGACCAACACCAUAUGCUCAACAAAUUGGCCUACUCAACAUGACAACAUGACAGGACCAACUUUGGCCGACACUAGAUGACCAACAUUGGAAAAUCAGCAUGGCCAACACAACAAGACCAAGGAUGGGCCAACAGAACUUGAUCAGCUUGUGGCCUAUACGACAUAAUUAACCAUGGCCAACUCAGCAUCAUGACUGGCACAACAUGGCAAACUGUGGCCAAGUGAAUGUGACCAAGUGAACAUGGCAGAUGUGAGAUGAGUGGAGACAUCUACUGGCUCUUGUCGCAUAAUUAUUUACAUAUUUCGAACACCUGUGAUUGGCUGGGAGCUGUAUGAGCAAUGUUUAGGACAGUUUCUCUCAAAGUGGUUGCUAUGGAAACAGAAUACUGUCUGCCCUACACUGUCUUUUCAUAACAAAUAAUUUGAUGAUUGUCUGUGAUCAGUUUGAAGUUGAAAUUGUACUUUUUCUGAUGUUUUGGUAAAAAUUGGACAUGGUUGAAUAGCACUGGUGGUUGAGAGAUAUUUGCUGUUUAGAUGCAUAAUAAUAAUGUUUACCCAUUUUAUUUUUCUGAACUGUGGUUCCUUGAUAGAUAUACUUUGAUUCCUUGGUGAAAAUGACAGAUUUUGUCUGUUUUCAUUGCAGAAAUGAUGAACUUUGAAGCACAUAAUUUUGACAUUUGGGUCUGGCAAGGCAUGAAUGUGCUCAGAUAGAAGCGUCUGGGGAUAAUCCACAUUUUCUAAUGUACUUUGUGAGAAAUUCAGAACAAGAGUGAUAUUGAAGUGAAGGUUAUAGUUAUUUUUGGUGCUUCUCCUGUUGCCUUUGAGUCUCAAAAAUCUUGUUAAAGUACGUUUGGGUCUGGAGAUUGCCCCCCCUCACAGGACAUGUGCAACCUGGUUUUCUGUACGUCAGUUGCUAGAUUCAGUCAAAGAUAACACGAACACAGAAAACUCAAAAUCACAGAUAGCUUGUUCAAUUUUCCAUUCCCGACUGAGGCCUCUUUAAUUUUUCGUUCUUGGUUAUCCUGAAUUAUAGAUGUGCAUCAAACACAUUUGUCGACCUUCUACUUGUUUGAGUUAGUUGUGCCCAAAUUUAUGUAGGCUAUACCAAGGGUGCGCUGGGGCGUGCGUUUAGUUGACAAAAGGGUAAAGAUAGUCGGUCACUAUCAGGUGUGCACUCUUGUACAGAAGGGUAAGCCCUGACAUGGGUACUCCAGGGUCUACACACAGAGUAUGACGACCAGCAGGAACCUACAAUUUCGCAGCAUUCGUGAACUGGUUCUCAGUUUCGUUUUUCAGGUGGUUGUCAGUAUUCCCUUUGCCCUCCUAUCUCUCUUCUCUCUAUCUUUUGAAGAGCAAAAAUUAUACAAGAGGCUUAAUUCCCAGUUUGUGUGAUCUAGCAAUUAACAAAAGAGCUUAUGGUGUGUGUGCACUGGCCUAAUUUCAAGUCACGUAGCUUGAUGUUGAGAUAUACGUUCAAAUUUUCCAAAUUUUCGACAUAAUAUGUCUCUCUCUCUCUCUCUCUCUCUCUCUCUCUCUCUCUCUCUCUCUCUCUCUCUCUCUCUCUCUC